AUGGUCCUCCAUCCCGAGAUUCAGGAAAAGGCUCAGGCAUUAAUCGACCGAGUCGUCGGGCAUGAGAGACUGCCCGAUAUGUCAGACAGACCAUCCCUCCAGUACAUUGACCACAUUGUCCAGGAAGUUUACAGAUGGUCUCCGUUGGCACCGUUGGGGAUACCCCACAAGUCCCUCGAAAACGACGUCUAUAACGGCAUGUUCAUCCCUAAAGGGUCCAUUAUUUUUGCGAACUCCCAUGCCAUGACUCAAGACGAGAGAAUAUACCGGGACCCCAGGUCUUUCAACCCAAACCGGUACAAGUCGGUCUCUGCUGGCGGUCAUGGUGAGCCCUUGCCCCUUGGGCAGUUUGGCUUUGGCCGUCGAGUAUGCGUUGGACGGUUUCUAGCGGACAACAGUGUCUGGAUGGCUGUUGCUACGAUGCUAGCCACACUCAAAAUUGAUAAAGAGUUCGGUCCAGAUGGGCAAGUCAUUGAGCCUAAGGUAGCAUUUACCAAUGGUGGCACUUGGUAA